UGAAAUUUCAACAGGACCUCUCUACGGAUUUCCGGUCAUUUACCACGUACAAACCGAUUUCACUCUUUUUGUGACACUAUCCAACCCAUCGUGGAUUAGUGGCAAAUGAGAUCAAUGUCAUUUGUACAUAGAUCGUUCUUCAAAAUCAAGAACACACCUACAGCCUUUGCCAGGCACUUCCAGAAUCGACCCAAUCUGUUCUUACCAUGUCAAUACUUCCAAGGAACCAAUCUCCGAAAUUUCUCAUCUUUCACAAAAAGUGAUGACCGAAUAUUCACUCCGGAUGGAUUUUCUUCCACGGGUCUAUCAUCCAUCUAUACACAGAACCUAAAAAUAUUGGAUACCAAAAUUCAGGGUGAGAACUUCACAAACACAGUCCAUCACUUCGAGUCCAUAUCCCAUAAUAAGGUAGACCUAUUGCCUAUGUCUGGCUCCUUGGUACAUUUGAAAACAACAGAUGAUAUAGAAAGCAGUCUUUCAAACAGUUUUGGGAUUGUGUUGAACGACUUGAACUUCAGUCUUUCCAAAGUCUCAACGUAUCGUGUGCUACUACCAAACGGAGAAAUUACCGAAAUUAACGCAGACCACAUACUAUUCACUAUACCGAUGUUCAUCAGGCGUGAGAUGAUGAAGGCGAUGCUAAUUGAUGAGUCUGUCCUUCCUGUGGAACAUCUGCUGCAUCUAACAUAUACGUUGAACGUGUUCCUCCUCUUCUUUACUAAAAUGGUGAACGUCAUACUAAAAAAGGAUCUGAUCAGAACUCUCUACCUAAAAUCUGCUUUUAUGAACUAUCAGUCAUCUCUCAACUUAACGUUGUUUAGCAUUGGAAUGUACGACUACUCUAAAUCCCUAAGAAAUACCUUAGACAUUAAAACAAAUCCUAUGGGCUCUCACGUUCUCUUACUCUCUUGUCAUUUUCUAAUAUACAAUGAUCCUAUUCAUUUCAGGUAUAUAAAGUCCAAAAACUCGAUCUUCAAUCUUUUAAACCCAAUGAACCAAGUGACAACCAAAUAUUUUUACAACCCGAUACUUUUGUCCCAAAAUCUGGAAAAUAUAUAUGCUCAGCCUAUCGAUUUGAUUGUCAGAUCAUAUUUUGGGAUCUUGAAAAAGUCUAAUGAAUUCCAGAUUUACAAUAUUCUCAAAACAGAUGAGAACUUUAAACGAUUGAUUCUCAUGGUCAAAUACUCCAUAGUGUAUCCCGAUUCAAAGUUGGUGAACAAAUUGAAAGCUUUAUUGCCUAUAGAUGUGAGUACAGCCCUAUCUCCAAAAGUAUUGUUUGAAUUUUUGGUAAAAAUUGGCAUUUAUGACAAAGAUACGAACGCUUUGAUUUCUAGUGGUUUCUACGGCUUGAAUAUGUACGAUCCCACAGAUUUAUCUUUACCUGUUAAGAAUGUUAACGAGCUACAAUAUGCUUAUCACAAAGGGCAAUCUUUUCACGAAUUGCCAAAAUCUUUACAGAGAAUGAAGCCACUGAAACCUGUUGGUGAUGAAAAGAAAGAAGGAGGAAAAUUUGCAAAUAGAAGUUACUCAAACAGUUUUUUAGACGUGAUUCAAGAUUCUAAGUUGAAAAUUUGGCCUAAAUCAUUGGUGCGGAAUAGAAGAACAGUUUAUAAAUUAACUAAAACUAUUGCAUUCUCAGUUAGCCAGGAGUCUUUGACCAAUUAUAGAUUUAACAUUUUCAUACCGAUUCCCAAUCAGUCCCCAAACGAGAAUAUAACGGUACAGGAACCUAUCCAAAUUGAUAAUAAUGUGGUAACGUUCCCAAAAUUGGAAAAGUUCAAUCAUGCGCUGAGGAUAAACCAACCCUGCAUAAGGUUGACCUUCAACCAUAAUCUAAUUGACUCAGACUCUUUAACGUCCCCAAAUAUCAAGGUUGGAUUGGAUGUUUUCAAGAAGAUUGAAAAUAUUGAUGAAGAAUGGUUUAAAAAUAGAAAUCCUUCAAGUUUGAAAGGCUCCAAAAAGAAAUUAGACUGCUGGUUAUCUCUGAAUAAGCUGAUGAAUUUGCUUAUUGAGAAGGAAAAAUCGAGGGUUCGUUUGGGCUAUUUGAAGACGUUUGGCGAUUCCGAUGAAAGCAAUAGAAAUUUUUUGAACUUUAAAACGUUUUUCAUUGAUAAUAAAUCUAAUGAGGACGGGAGUGAUAUCAAAUUGGAAAAUGUAAGCAAUACAAACUCUGCAGCAGACACUCAUAAUUCGACUACUGUUGGUGGUGGAAACCUUUUGAAUGAAAAUGAAAACUAUAUGCUGAGAGACAAGAGGUGGAUUACUGAGAAUUUAAAAUUGUUGAUCGAUGAAAACCUAUCCAGGUUUUGCUCGGAGAAAGGUGUCAAUGUUGCAAAUCGAAGCGUGGCUAAGAGAAUUUUAAAUUCUGUGGACUAUAGAGUUUUCAAGAAAUUCAAAAUUUUCAAGUGGUAUGCUAAUUCUUAUGAAACGUUCAAUUUCCAGCUAAGUUCUAAUCCUGGUGAUUUGACUGCUUAUGUCAGUUGUUUGGCGUUUUUGGGAGAAGGAUCUUAUUUUUUCAACAACCCAAAGGGCACUGCCAAAAAUAUCACCAAUGAAAAUGGAUACACGCCAUUGGGGUUGAAGCAUUUUUCCUCAUUUACAUCGUUGAACUAUAUUGAAACGCAUUUGAAUUUGUGGCAAUUGUUCAGGUACCUUGCCAUUGAAUCUUUUGAACUGGUUGAAGAUCGAAAUAAACAAAAUUGGGAUCCUCUGAAGUUGGAUAAGGUCACAAACAGCCACUACAAUAAAUGUCUUUCCCAGACUGAAGGAUAUCUUGAGUUUAUCAACAGGUUGAAUAGGUUUGAGGUUCUAAGGAAUAUUCAAAAAGAUGUUAGUGGUGGCACUAACAUUCACGGUUACAUGUUAAUGAGGUGUGUUGUCACAAGUAUCACCCAGGAAAGAAUAAUUGGGUACUGGUUUGAGAAGGAUAUCGAGGUGGAAAUUAUAGUUGACUCAAGCAGCUCGAAGAGUAAAACCAUGAUUGGUGAUAGAUUACUAUGCUCUGAAGUUGUCUCUGUUAAUCCAUUAGAGGAUGUGAUAGUAGUCAGAUAGGAGAUCUGGCUCGGAGUAACUUGUGGCGAUUUUUAUAGAUAUUCAUAUUAAUGUCAAUCUUUAUGAUCUAUUUGUGUGGUGGUUACGUAAUCAGGAGCUGAGCUUACCC